GAUUGGAUUCAAGGGUAGUUAGCAGAAUUGUGCGCUCUCUUGUGGGUGACGCCUCAAAGGUGUGUUAACCUGGAUGCACUGAAACAAUGGACUGGGCUUGCUUAACCCAAAGAUAAGCCUUUUACGUGACAUACCCAGUUAGGAAUUUAUGAUCAGAUCAUUCUGUGAAGUUAGUUUUGAUAGAACCUCAUUUUUUGUCCCAGUUCCCCCUUUUGGUCAUAAAUCAAUCCAAAGGAUGCAUUGAUGACCAAACUUUUGGUAGGAUAGUGUGGUCUCACAGUGCGAUGAAGGGCUCAUUCCUAGGGAAGUCUCAGUAUUCACUUUGUCUUAUUGAUUAUUGAGGAUGGGGCAGUACUAUAACCAUGGGGUUUGAAUUGAGGCUGAAUUUUCCCAAAAUGGGAAGGGCAGGUAAAUAGAAGGCAGUCAGGUAUUAUAGCCUUUAUUCCAAAAAACUCCACUCUGGAUUAUUUCUAUCCUAUGAACUAUUAUGGUCAGAGUUUUGCCGUUUGUGUAAUUUUUCUACUAUUAAAUUUACAUAAGCCAGCAAUUUUCAACGGGUGUCCUGAAAGAGACACACUGGUGAGCCACAAGAAUUUUUAAAACAUGAAAUACCUGACUAUUUAGUCAGGAACACUAACCUCUUUUCCCUUAGAUCAUCAAAUAAAAAAAUGUCAAGAGCCAACACGACAAUAGCCGUCUGAUGCUAAUGAAUCAAAAUUAUACCUAUUUUUUUGUCAGAUUGGCAGAAAAAAAGUAAUAUUUUUGGUGUGCCACAGAAUUUUAGUAAUUCAUGCGUGCCAUGAGAUGAAAAAGGGUAAAAAUUGUUGACAUAAGCUGUUAAAAGAGUAUUAACAGUUAUUAACACAUUAACACAUUACAUGUUCAAUAAUUGUAAACACUUGGACUAUAUAGAAAAACUCAAAAAUAAGGAUAUUGUUACAUUUAAUGUUAAUAUCAUCAGCAGACAGAUAAAGACGAUCAACAUGGAUUCUGAGUUCACCAUCAACCCAUAGAUAUACAGGCCUUAUCGAUGUCUUGGGAUAGCUGUCUCCUUCUGAUGUCAGUGACUUCUCCUCCUAGAGGAGUUUUUGAUGACUGUUGUAAGCCAAGACUACCCUGAGGAAGUUAAGAAGCCUCGUUGCUUCCAUAAGCAUUCCAAAGUUAUGAGCUACACCAAAGGCAUGGUGACUAUCAGAGUAAAUAUUGGCUAUUUGAUCUUGGCCAGCUGAGAAGCUCUGGUUAGAGCAAUUAAUUUGGCUUGCCGGGCAGGCCUUAUUUCAGAUUUUGUGUACAAAUACCUUGGAAAAGAUGGCUGAUAUUAGCCUCAAGGAAGUAACCUUAAUAGUAGGUGUGAUUACUGCCUGCUAUUGGAACAGCCUCUUUUGUGGUUUUGUUUUUGAUGAUGUUUCAGCAAUACUGGAUAAUAAAGACCUACAUCCAUCUACACCUUUAAAAACUUUAUUUCAGAAUGACUUCUGGGGAACCCCUAUGUCUGAGGAGAGAAGCCACAAGUCUUACCGUCCCUUAACAGUACUGACAUUUCGCCUAAAUUAUCUGUUUAGUGAACUGAAACCAAUGUCAUAUCAUCUCCUAAAUAUGAUUUUACAUGCUGUGGUCACUGUAAUAUUUCUUAAAGUCUGCAGACUUUUUCUGGAAAACAGAAGUAGUGUGAUUGCUUCUUUACUUUUUGCGGUACACCCAGUACACACAGAAGCAGUAACGGGUGUUGUAGGAAGAGCAGAACUUUUGUCAUCUAUCUUUUUUCUAGCUGCAUUUUUGUCAUAUACCAAAUCGAAAGGACCGAAUAAUUCCAUAGUGUGGACUCCAAUUGCAUUGACAGUGUUUUUAGUGGCUGUUGCAACAUUGUGUAAAGAACAAGGAAUAACAGUUGUGGGAAUUUGCUGUGUGUAUGAAGUAUUUAUUGCCCAGGGGUAUACUUUGCCUUCAUUAUGUACUGCUGCUGGACAGUUUCUCCGUGGAAAGGGUAGUUUUCCAUUUUCUGUGCUGCAGACAUUGAUAAAACUCAUCGUUUUGAUGUUCAGUACACUAUUACUUGUUGUGAUUAGAGUCCAGGUUAUUCAGUCGCAACUCCCAGUGUUCACCAGGUUUGAUAACCCAGCUGCUGUGAGCCCAACUCCUACAAGGCAGCUAACUUUUAACUAUCUCCUUCCUGUGAAUGCUUGGCUUCUAUUAAAUCCUUCAGAGCUCUGCUGUGAUUGGACCAUGGGAACAAUACCACUUAUAGAGUCAUUUCUAGAUAUUCGAAAUGUUGCCACAUUUACUUUCUUUUGUUUUUUGGGGGCUUUGGGAGUAUUCAGUCUCAGAUACCCCGGUGGUUCCUCCAAAGCUGUUUUAAUGGCGCUUUGUUUAAUGGCAUUACCAUUUAUUCCUGCAUCGAACCUUUUUUUUCCAGUUGGAUUUGUUGUUGCUGAGCGAGUACUAUAUGUGCCUAGCAUGGGAUUCUGUAUUUUGGUAGCCCAUGGAUGGCACAAAAUAUCAAAUAAAAGCAGUGUAUUUAAGAAGUUAUCCUGGGUUUGUCUGUCUUUGGUGAUAUUCACUCAUGCCUUAAAAACACUCCACAGAAAUUGGGAUUGGGAGUCUGAAUAUACGUUGUUUAUGUCAGCCUUGAAGGUAAAUAAAAAUAAUGCCAAAUUGUGGAAUAAUGUGGGUCAUGCUUUGGAAAAUGAAAAGAACUUUGAGAAAGCUUUGAAGUACUUCCUACAGGCUACCCAUGUUCAGCCAGAUGAUAUUGGUGCCCACAUGAAUGUAGGAAGAACUUAUAAAAAUUUAAAUAGAACCAAAGAAGCUGAAGAAUCUUACAUGAUGGCUAAAUCACUGAUGCCUCAAAUUAUUCCUGGUAAAAAAUAUGCAGCCAGAAUUGCCCCUAACCACCUAAACGUUUAUAUUAAUCUGGCCAACCUGAUCCGUACAGAUGAGUCCCGACUGGAAGAAGCAGAUCAGCUAUAUCGACAAGCGAUAAGCAUGAGGCCUGACUUCAAGCAGGCUUACAUUAGCAGAGGAGAAUUGCUUUUAAAAAUGAAUAAACCUUUCAAAGCAAAAGAAGCGUAUCUUAAAGCACUAGAGUUGGACAGAAAUAAUGCAGAUCUUUGGUACAACUUGGCAAUUGUUCAGAUUGAACUUAAAGAACCAAAUGAAGCUCUGAAAAACUUUAAUCAUGCUUUAGAACUAAAUCCAAAGCAUAAACUAGCAUUAUUCAAUUCUGCUAUAUUAAUGCAAGAAUCAGGUGAGGUUAAACUCAGACCUGAAGCUAGAAAACGACUUCUAAGUUAUAUAAAUGAGGAGCCUCAAGACGCUAAUGGUUAUUUCAAUCUGGGAAUGCUUGCCAUGGAUGACAAAAAAAACUCUGAAGCAGAGAUGUGGAUGAAGAAAGCCAUAAAAUUACAAGCUGACUUCAGAAGUGCUUUAUUUAAUCUGGCUCUCCUGUAUUCUCAGACUGCAAAGGAAUUAAUGGCUUUGCCAGUUUUAGAAGAGUUACUCAAAUACUAUCCUGAUCAUAUCAAGGGUCUCAUUUUAAAGGGAGACAUUCUAAUGAAUCAAAAGAAAGAUAUAGUUGGAGCAAAAAAAUGUUUUGAAAAGAUUUUGGAGAUGGACCCAAGCAAUGUGCAAGGAAAACACAAUCUUUGUGUUGUUUAUUUUGAAGAAAAAGACUUAUUAAAAGCUGAGAGAUGCCUGCUUGAAACAUUAGCAUUAGCACCACGUGAAGAAUAUAUCCAGCGUCAUUUGAAUAUAGUCAGGGAUAAAAUUUCUGCAUCUAGUUUAAUAGAACAACCAAUAUUCCCAGUUACUAAGCCUUUAGGUGUAAAGGGAAAAAAAAUUCCAACUGAAAAUGCAAGAGAAAUAAGAAGUGAACCCAGACCCACACAGAUAAUAAAAGCAAUUGAUGAUAACAGUCAGUCUAAAACCAACCAACAGUUAGGAAAAGAUACAGACAAAGAGACCCCUCACAAAACAACAAAAGAAAUCAAAGAAAUUGAGAAGAAAAGAGUUGCUGCUUUAAAAAGACUAGAAGAGAUUGAACGUAUUUUAAAUGGUGAAUAGCAUUACUCUUUAUUAGGUGACAGUGGUUUCACAGAACUACAAUCUAUAUCAUUUGAUUGUUUAUGGCAGCUUUGAAACAUAGCAAAGAUUCAUAACAGUCUAUCAUGAGCUGCCUCUACAUAGGAUCAAAACAAGAUUUUUAUUAAAGACCUUUCUGACCCCAGGGUAUGUAUUAUAUAAGAUAUGGCAUAGUUUUCUGAGUUUUGGUGAAUAUAGCAGAAAAAUUAUAGGUGGCUAAUAUGUACCUUUUAGUAUAAAAGGAAGAUUCUUCCAGCAGAAUAAUCUUGACUACUCUCAGUAAAAAGUAGUGUGAGAACUGAAUAAUAACCCCUUGUGGGCAAGUCCAACAUUUGCUGUUUCAUUCUGUGAAUUCCCAUUUGUUAGCUGGCUUCAUUUUUCCUUUACCUGCUGAAAUCAGGCUGUGGAUUGAAAACACUUAUUGAAUGCUUUCCUUUUUCUUCACUGACCUUCUGUUUAAGGAACUUUGGCUAUGAAAGAAUACUGGCAUUAUUUAUAAUCUUUUAUUCAUAUUUAGAAGGAAUGCCAGCUGAAACAUUUUGAAAUAAGUCAUAAGACAUGAGCUU